AUGGCCAAAAAGAAAUCUGGGAAGAAGGACAAAGAGGCCAAGAAGGCUCGUGCUGAGCAAAAGAAUAAGAAGAAUCAAGCUAAGGCUCAAUCGAAGGAUAAAAAGAAACAAUUGAAGAUGGGAGAUGAUGAAGAUAUGGAUGAUAUGGAUAUUGAAGAAGUCUUAGCAAAUUUUAAGAAACAGCAAGAACAAUUUGAACAAAUUAAUAUUGAAAACGUUGAUAAACCAUCACCUGUUAGACUUAAUCCAUGUUUAGUGGCUAAUCCAUUACAUAAUAAGAAAGAAUUGUUGUUAUUUGGUGGUGAAUCUACAAAUUCUAUUACAGGUGCAGCAAACUUUCAUAACGAAUUAUAUUCUUAUACUCCAGAUAAUAAUUCUUGGAAGAAAUAUACUUCACAAAACUCUCCAAUGCCAAGAUCUUCUGCUGCAAUGGCAUCACAUCCAUCGGGUAUUGCAUUACUACAUGGUGGUGAAUUUUCAUCUCCAAAGCAAUCAACAUUUUAUCAUUAUUCAGAUACUUGGAUUUUAGAUACAACAAAUAAAGAAUGGACAAAGAUAGAUCAAAAAAAUUCUCCAAGUCCUAGAUCUGGGCAUAGAAUUACAACAUGGAAGAAUUUUUUUAUUCUGUAUGGUGGAUUUAGAGAUUUAGGUCAUUCAACUUCAUAUUUAAAUGAUUUAUGGGUAUUUGAUAUUACUAAUUAUAAAUGGAAACAAAUUGAAUUCCCAAAGAAUCAUACUUUACCAGAUGCUAGAUCUGGUCAUUCUUUAAUUCCAACUCCAGAUGGUUGUAUUCUUUAUGGUGGGUAUUGUAAAGUGAAAGCAACAAAAGGUUUACAAAAGGGGAAGAUUAUUUCAGAUUGUUGGUAUUUGAAAAUGAAACCUGAUUUAUCUGCUAUUAGAUGGGAAAGAAGAAGAAAACAAGGUUUUCAACCUUCUCCAAGAGUCGGUUGCUCUAUGGCUCAUCAUAAAGGUAGAGGUAUUUUAUUCGGUGGUGUUUACGAUUUUGAAGAAACUGAAGAAAGUUUGGAUUCUAUCUUUUAUAACGAUCUUUUCAAUUAUAAUGUAGAGACUAAUAGAUGGUAUUCAUUAAAAUUGAGAAAGAGCAAUAAAUCAAAUUCAGGAGCACAAAGAAUUAAGUCUUCUAAUACAAAUAUUUCUCAAGAAAAGGAAAAAGAAUUACAAGAUCUAUUAAAUAGUAUCUUGAAAAAGAAUAACUUGAAUGAUGAAGAUGAUGAUAUCACUGUUGAUGAUUCUGAGUUAGAACAAGAAUUGAAUAAAAUGGAUAUUGAAGAUGAAAAUGUUGAAAGACCAAAUGAAGUAACUAUAUCAAAUCAAUUACCUCAUCCAAGAUUUAACUCCGCUACUGUUGUUGUUGAUGAUUCCUUAUUCGUAUAUGGUGGUGUCUGGGAAUUGGGCGAAAAAGAUUUUUACAUCGAUUCCUUUUACAGCAUUGAUUUGAAUAAAGUAGACGGUGUUAGUGUUUAUUGGGAAAAUCUGGAAAAUGUUGAAACUGCUAAGAAGUUAGGCCAACAUGAUUCUGAUGAUGAAGACGAUGAUGAAGAUGAUGAAGAUGAUGACGAAGAUGAUGACGAAGAAGAGAUCGCAGAUACUAAACUGGAGGCUGAAGAAGAAGAGGAAGAGGAAGAGGAAGAGGAAGAACCAGAUGAAAUGGAAAUUCCAGAUGAACGUCCUUGGCUACCACAUCCAAAACCAUUUGAAAACUUGCGUGCAUUUUAUCUACGUGAAGGUCCAGCAUUUUUGGAAUGGGCAAUCUCUAACAAUAGGGAUGCUAAGGGUAAGCAUUUGAAAAAGAAAUCAUUUGACUUAUGUGAAGAUCGUUGGUGGGAAAGAAGAGACCAAGUUCGUAUUGAAGAAGACAAAUUGGAAGAACUUGGUGUUGGUGGUGAUAUCAUUGAAAAGGAUCUAUCUAAACCUACUCCUAAGAGAAGGUAG